CGCAGUUAUCCAUACCUCCCAUCAUGACACCACCACUCACUCGAGCUGACAUUGAAGCAGCCAUUGCAAAGUACGCUCCAGUCCUCCAACUCCACCCCAACGAAAAGUACGUGAACUGCUCUGUCGAGUAUUACCUUUCCCAGGCAACUUUGAUCGACAGCAAAGAUCCGAAGAACAACAUCGUCCACCCACUCCAAUCCCAACUUCCCCAAGGACCAAGAGAGGGCACACGGUACUCUUUCCACAUGGACCCGUCGGUCAAGGCAGGAGACUUCAGCACAGCAAAAGCCUACGUCAACGCUCUCUGGAUCAAAACCACAACUUACACCGACCUGCAAUUUUGGUUCUUUAGCGCUUACAAUGGACAUGGAACAGCGCAAUUUAGCAGCCUGCUUUUGAACAAAGUCAAGCAUCAGGGCGAUGUUGAUCUCACUCCGUUGGGGGAGCACUGGGCGGAUUGGGAGUACACUUCAAUUCGCAUCGACAAUGCGAGUAAAGAGAUGAUCGGGAUUAUUCUUUCGGAACACGGCACGAACGUCUUGCACGGCAAGGACGAGAUCCCAAAGCUCUUCAAGAUGGUCAAUGGUAUGCAUCCGGUGAUCUAUUCCAGCUUGAAUGGCCAUGCAAAUUUCCCCGCCCCGGGUCCGAAUUUCUCAGAACACAGGAAGGUGUUGGGGAUUCCAGUGGGUCUGGAGUUCAACUUGGUCAAUAGUACAGCGGACGGUGGAUUAAGUCUCGAUUGUUCGAAAAAGUACCAGGUUGUGGCUGCAGAUUGGUUAAAGGGCAGUCCUGAUGAAUAUGUGACGCCAGCUUGGGUUGGGUACCCGUAUCGCUGGGGUCCAGAGGGGACGUCGAUCUCGAUGGAUACCAAUACUUUGGCCGCUAUUUUGAAGGCGAGUCUGGGUGAUGAUGCUGAUCCAUUGUUGGAUACCCCGAUUGAGUUGUUGGCAAGUUGGUUGCUGCAUAUCUUUGUGAGAGCCGAUAUUAAUGGGGUUGAAGCGCCAAGCGGACAAGCCCCGUGGAGUGGCAAGUAUUGA